GGCUCGCAGCCCUCGGCCCUCGCCCCACCCAGCGCCAGCCAGACGGGGGAGGCGGAGCGCCGAGGGUGGCGGUCCUCGGCCUCCCGGGUCUCCGCUCCGGGAAGCCGCUCCGAGCCGGGGUGUUGUUGCUAACGAGCUCUCUCUCCUCCGUUCUUACAAUGAAAGACAAGCCAGACCCCGGGUACCUGGAUGGAUUGGGAGCUGAAGUCUCAGAAACUUCCUAAUAAGUUGCCCAUGGCUACCAGCCAAGGUCAGCUGGUUCCCAUUAGCGCCUGUCCCCACCAAAGACGAGCCAAAUAAGUUGCUCCCCAGUUAACACCUCAGUCGCUUUUUUUAUGCUCCAGUCCAGCUGCACAAUUGUUGUCACUUUAAGCCCAUAUGAAAAGAAAUCUCUUUUAUGGGUCCAAAAUGCCAAGUCCAAUCCCAUAGAGGGAACGUGUUUGCAGCAAACAGGUACACCUCCUGAUUUUACUUUAUCUUUACAACGCAGGCCGGAGGGUUGUUUUGCAGUUGUGCUGAGCGCACAUCACACAUUCAGGGCCCUUUAAAGACCCGGGUUGAUUGGAAGGACCAAAAUUAAAAGCAAUCUGAUCCGGCCUCACGCCAGAUCCCUGCGGAUUUUCUCCCUAUCCCAUUUCCAUCCACCGUCACAAUUUGAGAGUCUGCCUGAUUUGAUCAGAUUCCCCUCUGGGAGAGGUGUGAUGCCAAGGUUAGGAGGACGCCAAGUUGUGGGCAACUUCUCGAUCUGCCCAUCAGCAGUCUGAGAAACGCUGGCUCUGAGUUUUCCACAUCGGCCUCUUGGAAAAAACAAGUUCCUCGCUGUUUGCAACCUGGCAGAGUCCCUGGGACAUCCGGCCUCCGUCGCCCGGUAGAUGUGGUUUUUCCAUGCUGAGGCGGCGAGGCCCUCCUGACCCAGUCGCCACCUCUCCGGUCCCUCUCUGGGCCUCGCCCCUGGGGACUGCGCCGCCAUGCUGCACCUGCUGGCUCUUUUCCUGCACUGCCUCCCGCUGGCCUCUGGGGACUACGACAUCUGCAAAUCCUGGGUGACCACGGAUGAAGGCCCCACCUGGGAGUUCUAUGCCUGCCAGCCCAAGGUGAUGCGCCUGAAGGACUUCGUCAAGGUGAAGGUGGAGCCCUCCGGCAUCACAUGCGGAGACCCCCCCGAGAGAUUCUGCUCCCACGAGAACCCCUACCUGUGCAGCAACGAGUGUGACGCCUCCAACCCGGACCUGGCUCACCCGCCCCGGCUCAUGUUGGACAGGGAGGAUGAGGGCCUGGCCACCUACUGGCAGAGCGUCCCCUGGAGCCGCUACCCCAGCCCGCUGGAGGCCAACAUCACCCUGUCGUGGAACAAGAGCCUGGAGCUGACGGACGACGUGGUGGUGACGUUCGAGUACGGCCGGCCCACCGCCAUGGUCCUGGAGAAGUCGCUGGACAACGGGCGCACGUGGCAGCCCUACCAGUUCUACGCAGAGGACUGCAUGGAGGCCUUCGGCAUGCCCGCCCGCCGCGCCCGCGACCUGUCGGCAUCGGGUGCCCACCGGGUGCUGUGCACGGAGGAGUACUCGCGCUGGGCCGGCUCCAAGAAGGAGAAGCACGUGCGCUUCGAGGUGCGGGACCGCUUCGCCAUCUUCGCCGGCCCCAACCUGCGCAACAUGGACAACUUGUACACGCGGCUGGAGAGCGCCAAGGGCCUCAAGGAAUUCUUCACCCUCACCGACCUGCGCAUGCGGCUGCUGCGCCCGGCGCUGGGCGGCACGUAUGUGCAGCGCGAGAACCUCUACAAGUACUUCUACGCCAUCUCCAACAUCGAGGUCAUGGGCAGGUGCAAGUGCAACCUGCACGCCAACCUGUGCUCCGUGCGUGAGGGCAGCCUGCAGUGCGAGUGUGAACACAACACCACAGGCCCUGACUGCGGCAAGUGCAAGAGGAGCUUCCGCACACGGUCCUGGCGGGCUGGCUCCUACCUGCCACUGCCCCACGGCUCUCCCAAUGCGUGUGCCGCCGCAGGCUCUGCCGUUGGCAGCAUCAGCAGGUCCCGGAAAGACCCCGUCCCCAAAGCCCCUGUGGCCGCUGUGGCCGUGAGGGGGGACCCCACCACUCCUGCCCCUUCCACAUCCACUUCUUGGGCCCCCAUGGCCCCCAGCACCCCACAGCCCACAGAGUGGAUCAGGCCAUCUACUGCUGCCCCCCUCUGGGCGAGCGCCCCCUGGCCCCAGGUGUCCUCCAGUGCAGAAGCUGCGGGCACCUCCGCCGCUGCCCCCGCCCCCGCCAAGGCCUCCAGACUUUUCCAGCUCAGGCCCAAAUCUCCUCAAGUGAUGCCUAUUGAAGAAUUCGAAGACUGCGAGUGCUACGGCCACUCCAAUCGCUGCAGCUACAUCGACUUCCUGAACGUGGUGACCUGCGUCAGCUGCAAGCACAACACACGAGGCCAGCACUGCCAGCACUGCCGUCUGGGCUACUACCGCAACGGCUCCGCGGAGCUGGACGACGAGAACGUGUGCAUUGAGUGUAACUGCAACCAGAUCGGCUCCGUGCACGACCGGUGCAACGAGACCGGCUUCUGCGAGUGCCGCGAGGGCGCGGCGGGGCCGAAGUGCGACGACUGCCUCCCCACGCACUACUGGCGCCAGGGCUGCUACCCCAACGUGUGCGACGACGACCAGCUGCUGUGCCAGCACGGCGGCACCUGCGUGCAGAACCAGCGCUGCGCCUGCCCGCGCGGCUACACCGGCGUGCGCUGCGAGCAGCCCCGCUGCGACCCCGGCGCCGCCCACGGCGGCCUGGACUGCGACCGCGCGCCCGGGGCCGCCCCGUGCCCCGCCACGCUGCUCGGCUGCCUGCUGCUGCUGCGGCUGGCCACCUGCCUGGACUGCUGA